AUUUCUUCCAAUUGCUCUUAUUUUGCCUCACUUAAUUCCCUCUCUAUUUUUUUCCAAGAAAUUAAAAAGAAGAAAGAAAAUGGCAGAACAGAAGAGAAACAAAAGACCAUUUGAAGAACCAAGUGAGAAAAUCAACUUAACUCUUAACAUAAAAUCUCAGGAUGGUACUAUUUGUGGUUUCAAAGCCAAUCCUAGUUCACUUAUGAAGGAUGUAUUCAAGGCAUAUGCUAAGAAAAAACAAAUAAUAGAUUACAAAACAGUUCGCUUCUUCUUCGAUAACCAACGGCUUCGGUCGGGAAGGACCGUAAAUGAACUUGGGUUACAAGAUGGUGAUAUGAUUGAUGCUAUGCUGUAUCAAGAUGGAGGAGGUCCUGCUAACUGAGUUAUUGGGAUGGAAGAAAUUAAAAUGAAGAUGAUUUGUGUAAUAAUUUGGCUAGUUUUGAAAACAUUCGUGCUACUAUUUACGUGGAAUUAUUAUGUUUUGUUAGUCUCCUACCUCUACUAUAGGUGGAUUCGAUCCC